CCACCCAAACAAUAUGGAGGACCUGUUGAUAAGAAUUCUAAAAUAACACGCAUUUUUCUUCUCUCUAUCUACCUGACAUGCAUUUAGAAUGUGUGUCAUGAUUUAAUUGUAUAUUUAAGCUUUCAUUACAUUAGUUUAUACAAAAUAAGCAAAGUUUUAUCCAAUAUAUUGAUAAUAUAUUCACGAUCAACCAAAUUAUUUGGUAGGCCGAAACAAAAAUACGGUGAAAACCCAUUAGCUACAAUUUUGAAAGGGGCUAUAAAGCCCGUUUCACUGUACUCUUUAUAUAAACUGUGUUUCCUACAAUGUCAGUUGUGCCCACUUCACAAAAACUGUCAAAUUAUAAACUACCUGUUGGACAACUCGAAGACACUGAUACAAACAAACAAAGUCGCUCGUCAUCACGAGUAGGUUCUGUUCCGCCCCCGUUAGACUCUGUGUUACCUCGCCGUACCCCGACGCCCACCAGACAAGUUCAGCUGCAGGCGGUGAAGAGGAAACAAAAAAGAGAAGAUCCCAUUUUCACGGACGUUGACUUGAAAGAUGUGAAAUCAUUUGAUGUACACAGACAGAGUUGCUCUGUGAAGACCCCAGUAUCAAAUAUGACCGAGCAGAGUGUUGGGUGUUGUAGUCACAAGGUAGAAAAGCCCACAGUCAAAGAUGGUGCAUCUAUGAAAGUUGUAAAGAAAGACAGCUCAGAAGAUGAUGACGACGACGAUGAUGAUGAUGAUGAGGAUGAUGAUGAUGAUGAAAACACAACAAAGGCUCCUAACCAGCUGCUAAUGGAGUUCGUGGUGUGUAUCAUGAGUAAAGACUACCAGACAGCUGCUAAACUCUGCAAAAUGAUAUUGCUGUAUGAACCAACGAAUCCAGAAGCUUUGAAGUUCCAGCCACUGAUAGAAGAGAAAAUCAAAUUGGAUGAAGAAAAUGCUGAAGUCAGUGAGGAAUCUGGAGCUGAGGAUGAUGAUGACGAUGACGAUGAUGAAGACGACGAUGAUGAUGAUGAUGAUGAUGAUGAUGAUGAUGAUGACAGCAAUGAAGAUGAUGAUUCCGAUGACGCUGAUUCAGAGGAUGAUGACGACGAAGAUGAUGAUGAACAGGAAGUUAGUCAAAGAGUGGAUUCUGGGAUAGCCUCGGCAUCAGAAUGACUUGUUCAACGGUGCACACUGAAAUGUGUUUGUGGCGUUGUUUCUGGAAGGUGUUUCUUUGUGCUGCAGUGACCUGGGUUUUUCUCGGUUCAUCACCGUGAAACUACUGAUGUUGAGAAGUGCUAUUACUUUUCACAAAGAUUCCACUGACAAAUAGUACUGGUCUUUGUUUCUGAUGAUUACUACAAAAGCCAAACAUUGGUUACAAUAUUAAUAAUAUCCUUGCUCAGUGAUUAAAAGUAUUUGUGUUUAUAAAACGUA